AUGGUUUAUUUCUUUAUCAUAUUGUCACUGGCAGCCGUGACUGUCAUCGGCGGAAAAGAUGUUUACUGUGAUAUUGAAAACAACAAGUUUUAUGUGGAACAGUGGGGACAGUGCAAAGAUUGUGAUAGAUGUCCAAAAGGAUACGGACUAGAUGUAAAGGAAGACGUAAGAAUAAGUCCAGUUUAUGGGGCACUUUCCUGUAGAAGAUGUUUGAAAUGUGUUGCUGGGAAUACCUUUAAAUCAAGGAUAGGCUACGGCGAAUGUGUUAGGUGCACAAACUGCACAGCAGUAGGGAAAAUUGUGGCUAAACGUUGCACUAUUGAAUCGGAUACCGUUUGCACCGGGACAACACCAGUUGUAUUUCAGCAACAAACAAUUUCUUCUGAAAACGACAACAGUGUAAAACACAAUAAUAAGGAAAAGACAGGAAGUUUUGACCAAGUUCUAACCGGGAUUGGUGCGGGGAUACUUCUAUUCUUUGUUCUUAUAUCAGUGUUCCUGAUUAUAAAGAAUAGGAAAAGGUUGCCAUGCUGCAGAAAUGGUCCCAGUUCGUCUGAUGACAUCGAAGAGCAAAACGGUUUAACUGCAAAGAACGCUGGUGAAUACUUCCGUACCAUUGAAACUGAGGUUGAGUCCGUACCUUUAAAAUCCAUCGGAUCCGUAGAAGUAUCUCCAGUUCGUGAGCGACAACACUCAGUUGCAUCCGAAGACAUGCCUUCAUUAGACAGCAACUUUCACUAUCGUUUGAACCCCUAUCAGGAUGGAGAAGAAAUUGAAACCGAUGCAGACCAAUUACCCAAUCCUUGGCUUUAUGAAAUUCCUACAGACAGAGAGCUUCAAAGAAUUUGUCCCCACAUUGCUCAUAAUAACCACUUUACUCGGCUCGGUCGAGAAUUAGGAGUUAGGGAUAGCGAAAUACAGAGAAUCAAGGAAGAGCAGAGGAACGAUUCCUUAGAGGCAGCUUUCCAAACUCUGAAGAAAUGGCGGGAAAUAAAUGGAAACUUAGCAACAAAAAUGGUUCUUCAAGAGGCGCUAAGAAGGGUUGAACUCAGUCAUGUACAUAUGACUUUGGUUGAUGAUGCUUGAUCAGCUGUGACAAUGAAAUGAAUAGAUAAUGCUGAACUCGGGUAUCCACGUACCCAGUUAAUGCCUUCCACAGGUAUACACAUGUAAUAUCGACCCAAGGUAUACACAGAAAAUACCUACCCCAGGUAUACACAUGUAAUACAUAUCCCGGGUAUACACAUGUGGUACCGACCCAAGGUAUACACAGAAGAUUCCUACCAUAGGUAUACACAUGUAAUACCUACCCAAGGUAUACACAUGUAAUACCUACCUCAGAUAUACCUCCUUUAUAAGUGAUUCAGCGGGAAAACAUUGACAGAUUGAACACUCAGACGUACACAGAUGAUUAUGCAUGCAAAUGUGUAUAUGGAGGGAUUCUGAAUUGGUUGUAUCCAAAAAAUCCACGAUCUUAUGUCGCGGCAAUACAUAUGCUACACUGUAAUAAAUUGACAUUAAAUGAAAAACAGUACUGUUAAAAAACUGAAGAUUGAUAGAAAUUACUGACAGAA